UUAAUCUUUCCAACCAAGUAACCGUAGUAAGAGAUUUCAAUCUAGAUCCACCGAAGACGAGAAAUCUCAACACAGAAUAGUCAGAAAAUUACCAUAGCUGAGGAGUGUCUGAUCUUUAUAAAUCAAGCGCUGCUAAUUGGCUGGUACAUCGCUGCUCUGAGCCACCAACUCUUUGAAAGACUCCACUGUCGAGUGUCGAAUCGAGACUCGUCUUCACACUAAAUUUCGUGCCGAUCGAGCACCUGAUGUUCACAGUCACAGCUCCUCCUUCACCAGACUGUGGCUGACUGCUAUCUCCCUCUCCACCCAUUUAUAAUUUCGGAUCCUGUAAGUUCAACAAAUCGCAGAGCUUGUGAUUGAGAAGACUCAAAGCUCUAUGUUGAUUGAAGGGUUGAUGAUGGCGACGAAGGAGGAGGAAACAACGAUCUUUUGGGACAUGAUUACUUGUCCGGUUACCUCGUCAUCUGAUGCUAGUCGGGUUGGCCCGUGUAUAAAGCUAGCGUUGAAGAAUUUAGGCUACUCUGGUUGUAUCACCGUCACAGCACUUGGCAUACUAACAAGCAUCGAUACCGACAUCCUGCGAGCCAUCUAUUCCUCUGGAGUCUCUCUUAUUCACAUCAAUACCCAUCACUUUGGCUUUGCUAUGGAACUGAUGUCGUGGAGACUCAAACAUCGGCGGCGUCCAUCUAAUUUCAUGCUCAUGUCCUGUAAUGAGACCUUGCUUGAGUAUAAUGUCAGCAUCAACAAGUCUGAACACAACCUUAUUCAGAAAUUACCAUUUGGUCCUCCUCCUCAACAAGUCUUAGACCAUCUCCAUUCAAGUAAUCCACCUGGGUUACUCAAAUCUUAA